AUGUUUGACAUGCAAGUGAGUGAGCUCUGCCCGUACCCAGUUGAAUCAGCUUGUAAAUCUUGCGGUAGAACCAGGCAUAAGAAGUGCGAUGAGGCCAGGCCAGCUUGCUCAUCCUGUAUCAGAGCGGGCUGGAAAUGUGACUUCGUCUCGUCGUCUCCCUCUGAAGCACCGCAGUACGCGAUAACUCCGCCCAUCUGUGGUCUGCGAUACUCUUCUGUCAAGCCUUUACUAGAUGGCGAACAUAAGCACAUGGAGUACUUCCAAGUCGUUUGUGCUGGGGAGUUCUCUUUAUUUUUUGAGCUCCCCGCAUGGAAAAACAUCCUCCUCCAGGCCACUCUCACCGAACCAGCAUUGCAUCAUGCGGCCCUAGCAAUCGGGGCCUUGACCAGCAGCCGUUACCAUCCUGACAUAUGGCACACACCCCCGGCGAUCGCGUUCUCAAUUCGACAUUAUAGUACGGCCAUCCAGGAUCUCCGCCGUCGGCUUGAUGGAUCUUCCCAAAGUCUAGAGCUUGCCGUCUUAACGAGUGUUGUCUUCAGCUAUAUCGAGUUUCUCCUAGGACUCGAUAGCCGGACCGAGAUGCAUAUCCAGGCUGGAUGUGCCAUACUUGAGAACCUCUACACGAGGCACGAUAGGACACUCGCGGUUUCUACUCAGGCCGGAUCGAACUGCCAGGUUGGCAGUUUAUCUACUAGGUAUCAUCUACUUGCCAGUGCUAUGUUUCAGCUCACUGCUCAAGUAAAUUGCUUAGUGGCAUUUCGGUCGAACAGCAACAAUUGA